AUGGUUUCAAGCUGCGAAGCUCAGAGAGUACUGUCAGGAAGGCGGAGGAGAGGAAGGCUGCGAACAUUGGCCUUUGGAUCUUGGAACGUCCGCACUCUGGUCAACAAUGACGGACCGGUCGAGACGGCAAAGAGACGAGUGAAUUUUGAAAAUUUGAAUUUUGUGCCCGUCGUGGAGGACAGAAAGAUCGACUUGGUUAUCCGUGAGCUGUCCAGGUUUGACGUGGAAGUGGCUGGCCUGCAGGAAACCAAAUGGUUUGGGAGAGACUCUUUCAACAUCGACGAUGCGACUGUACUCGCCUCUGGUCGCCCCGUACCUGACGAAAAUUUUCGUCGUGGCGAGGGUGUUGCGCUGGUUCUGCGUCGGAGGGCCAAGCAGGCAUUUGAACGUGCAGGCUGCCAGUGGAGGCCCGUCUCGUCGCGCAUCGUGACGGCCAGGUUGAGAUUUGAGCACGGGUGGAUGUCAGUGAUUUCAUGUUACGCUCCUACGUUUCGAUCCCCCCAUGCUGACAAGGAAGAGUUCUUUGCUCAGUUCCAGUCUGCUCUCAGCGAUGUCAACUCUGCUGAUGACGUCAUCGUCCUGGGGGAUUUCAACGCUCGUGUUGGUUUUGGCCCACAGCAACUAGAGAUGUGGCAGGGAGUGCAUGGAUCACAUGGUGUUGGUGAUGUGAACGAUGCUGGUCAUCGACUACUCACAUUCUUGGCGUGUCAACAGCUCACAGUAUGUAACACACUGUUUCCCAAGAAACGCAUUCACAUGUACACCUGGCAACACCCUGGAUCACAGAAGUGGCAUUGUAUAGAUUAUGUGUUCGUACGCCAACAACACCGUAAACGUUGCAUGGACUGUCAAGUGAUGCGCACUGCAGAGUGUAGCACAGACCACCGUCUUGUCCGCAUGAAAUACCGGCUACCUGACGUUGUGCAGCAACGGUACCAUCAUGAUGCACGUUCCAGGCCGCGGAAGUUUGCUGUUCACCAAUUCAAUCGGAAGCCAUUCAUGAGUGAAGAGGAGGCUGAGCGUGUGGCUACUGUACGUGCUGAGUACUGUGCUAGUCUUGAAUCUCGUUUAGCCACGUAUGACCGCGCCUCGUCUGUGGACUGUAAGUGGAGUACCGUGAAGUCGGCUGUUGUUGACGCGGCGGAGCAGGUGGUUGGUCGGGACAAGCGGCGGAUGCCAGAUUGGUUCCGUGACAAUGCCCUUGUAUUGGAGCCUCUACUGGAGUCUCGUAAUACCCUGUAUAGCCAAUGGCUGAGAAGCGGCAGGGACUCUGAUCACCGGGCGUUCAAAGAAGCGCGUGGCCGGGCUCGUACUGGUAUCCGGAAGGCAAAAACAACUUGGUUGAUGGACAAAGCGGCGGUGGUGCACCGUGGACGUUUCAGUGGCAAAGCUGUCUGGUCUGCCAUUCGCGACAUGCAACGCUGCUUUGGGGGCUUGCAACCCCUGUCUGUCCAAUCCAUCCGCAAUGCCGAUGGAGUUCUUUGCGAAUCGGUUCAGGAGCAGCAGGGCACAUGGCAUGGGCAUUUCUCGGGUGUCUUGAAUGUCUGCAGUGUGUACGAUCCGCAUGUCUUCCAACUUAUCCCUCAGCGUGAGGUCGAGGACUCCCUCUCACUGCAACCAUCGGAGGAUGAGCUGACUCAGGCAAUUAGACACCUACAGAAUGGCAAAGCUGGUGGUAUGUCACAGAUUGUGCCGGAGCUGCUGAAGGUUGGUGUGCCUGUCCUCCAUCCACUCCUCCUGGACCUACUCCAAUCUGUCUGGUCGGGGGGUUGCGUGCCCCAGGACUGGCGCAAUGCACUGCUGGUACCGAUUCCAAAGAAGGGCGACCUCUCUCGCUGCGAUAAUUGGCGAGGGAUCGCAUUGCUGGAGGUUGUUGGCAAGUUGGCUGCUCGGAUCAUGCAAAACCGAUUGCAAAGUAUUGCUGAGGCGGAACUGCCUGAAUCCCAAUGCGGGUUUCGGCGGCACCGUGGUUGUGCGGACGCCAUCUUCUCUGUCCGUCAACUUGUCGAGAAGUCGUACGAACAUCGAUCGAAGCUCUUCUGCGUAUUUGUGGAUCUCCGCAAAGCGUACGACUCUGUCCCUCGCGAAGCUCUUUGGCAGGCAUUGCUGCGGCUGGUUAUUGAGCGUUGGCGAUCCCUUCUCGUUGAGCGUGGAAUAGAGUCUGGUGUGGGCUUCAGCUUCACAAUUGAUGGCCAGCUGUUCCCUCGUGUCACUAGGCGCCGUCCCCACUCCGAGUCCGGCCAUGCUGAUGACUUCGAGUUUGCGGAUGAUGCUGUACUGCUCGCUACAACUCGCAACGCAGCCGAUCAAUCCCUGUGUGCCUUUUGUGAGGUCGCAUCCAGCUUGGGUCUCACAGUGAGCAUGACCAAGACCAAGCUUCUCGUUGCAGGUUUCGGAGUUUGCCCUGCUGAUUGCUCUGAUUUGGUCAUUGGCAGUGAUAGGGUUGAAGCAGUCACCUCAUUCCCCUAUCUUGGUUCCACCAUCACUCCAGACUCGCGGUCGCAAGCGGACAUUCGGAGCCGUCUAGCAAAGGGUGCAGGGGCCUUUGGUGGUCUUCGGCGCAUCCUACAUGACCGGAGCCUGAACCUCCCUACCAGGCGCCACCUGUAUGUCGUUUGCGUACUGUCAACGGUUCUGUAUGGUUCAGAAUGCUGGACGCCGUUGAAGGCAGAUUUAGAUAGAAUGGACCGGUUUCACCAUGCCAACAUUCGCUCCAUCCUUGGCGUAUCGCGAGGCCGACAGUGGGAACAGCGCAUCUCUUCACAGGAACUGCGAGCACAGUGGGGUGAUCCCACACCAUUGUCACGCAUGGUGCAGCAGAGACGGUUGGAGUGGCUUGGGCACCUGGCUCGUCUUGAUGACACCAGAGUACCGAAGCAGUUGCUGUUUGCCUGUCUCCCUCAGUCUCGGCCAUUCUGUGGACCUCGUCGUCGCUGGAAGGACACCAUUCACACGGACCUAUCCGUGGCUGGAGUGCGUAACUGGUUUGAGUUGGCAAGCGACCGUGGAGAGUGGCGUGGAGUGGUGACAGCAGCAGGUGAGGACAGGGAACCCGCCCCGAAGAGCAUCGAGUGCCCAACCUGCAACCGUCUGUUCCGCCGUAGUUCCGACAUGGUCCGGCACAAGUGUUCAGCAAUCCGUCAGCUCCCGGUAUCGGAGCAGCCUGGAUCAGUACAGUGUCCAACAUGCAACCGAUGGCUACGUAGCAGAGGAGGCUUUGUGGUGCAUAAGUGUCGGUCUCUUACUGCUUAUGAUAGGCCCAGCCUAACAGAGUCGUGCUCUAUGGCUGAAGCUAUUGAUCUGAGAUUGCCUGUAGCUGAUAAAUCAAACCAUGCUGUGCAGUCAUCCACACCCGCUGUCACUGUUCAGAGCCAUUCAUCUGCUGUUCAGAGCUCUGCUUCUACCGUAUCUCCUUAUCUGAAUGCUGCUUCCACAACCUUCAAGCACAGUUCUAUUGUGUUCAAUAUUCACGCUGAGUGUGCUGUUGAGGCUCGCAAGAAACUGAAGCGCAAGCAUUCUGCUAAAUAA